AAAUGGUUGGGGAUGUCGGAGAUUAUUCGCAUCUUUAUUUCAAAACAGGUGCUGAUGCACUUGACCUAAGUUAGUUUUUUUUAUCUAAAAGUUUUUAAGUUACUCUACAAAAGUUUUCUAUAAUUUCAAAUAUAUAAAUAACCGUUAUUUUGAAGAUAGAAUUUUUGCUUUUAAUAUUUUCUUCAGUGACAAAAAGGUGAAUCUAAAUAUUUCAUAUAUUGAAUUAAUAAUUAUAUAAAUAACUUUUUCCAUCAAUCAACAUUUAGCGUAAAACAAUUUUUUGUAGUGUUUGUGAAAAUAAAAAAAAAUUUUUAAUUAUUUUUAUCGUAGUAACUGAAAAUAUUUAUAGUGACAUACAGGAUAGUAGUGUUUUUUAAAGCGCGUGACUGACAUCACGUAUCUACAUAACGUGAAAUAAAAUACAAUAUUAUUUAUGUAGUGAUACAUAAUAUUCUAAUAUAUUGCGAGUUUAUUUGAAUUAGUUCAUCAAGUCACGUAUACGGAAGUGAUGCACUUUUCAAGUUCAUGGGUUGUUCAAUGCUGGAAGUGACAUUGUACAGUGUAAAUAUAUAACUGAUAUUUGUAUUUUUAUAAUAUUUUUUUGGAACAAAAUAGUGGUGCACAGCAGGUUCAAUGGCUGAUGUUGCGCCUGCGCCGAAGAAAGACAUUGGCAUGAAAAAAGGAGUUGGAGAUGGUAACGGAACGUAGCUGUGUAGAGUGGAGGAAGAAGCAUGACGCCAUGUUUUGAUGUCGUCAUCCCCCCCCAAAGCAAAACUGUGCUGGUGCUUUUCGCAUUCAAGUUCGCGUGCUUUGUAUUUUAAAGUUAUUUUAUUGUGCGAGCCCUCCCCGAUUUCCGGAUUGAGGCAAUAUUUAUUAAUAAAAGUGGAGCGGACGUGGCAAAAUUACGCAGGUAAAGUUUCUUUUCGCGUGUGCUUAAUGUUCGGGAGAACGAUUGUCGAGCGGGGGGGGUCCGCGAGCGUCGUCUACGUGGUUGUGGCAUCCUAGUGCACGAGCUACAUUCAACGAUAAAUUCUUAAGCAGGAUUACGUCACCUAACCAGUAUUUUCUGAUCAUUUUCACGUAAAGUAAUACGCAUCUGUGCCUCAUAAGAAAAAUGCAAGAGUUACGAUUACACUCACCAGCGGGAGCAGAGCCCAUCAUUUACCAUUGGCCACUUACUUCUGGAUCAGGAGCCGAUCGUCAUGAUGGAGCAAUAGACGUAGUUGAAACCAUGAGAUGGGUUUGUGAUGAUUUACCAGACUUGAAAUUACCAUUAGAAAAUAAUAUUCUAACAGAUUAUGAUCCAAGAGAUUAUGAAAGUAUGAAAAGUUUAUGCGAUCGUUUCAAUAGAGCAAUUGAUAGUUUAGUACAACUGGAAAAAGGUACGAGUUUACCUUCACAAAGGUUAAAUAAACGACCUAGUAGAGGUUUACUUCGUCAUAUACUCCAGCAAACUUAUAAUCAAGCAGUAGUAGAACCUGAUAAAUUAAAUCAGUAUGAACCUUUUUCACCCGAAGUGUAUGGAGAGACGAGUUAUGAACUUGUCUGUCAAAUGAUCGAUCAAAUAGAUGUUACAGAAGAUGAUAUUUUUAUUGAUUUGGGUUCAGGAGUAGGACAAGUUGUUCUUCAAAUGGCUGCAUCGACUUUUUGUAAAAUCUCAGUAGGUGUUGAAAAAGCUGAGGUGCCUUCACGUUAUGCACAAAGCAUGGAAAUAAAUUUCCGAAAAUGGUUAAACUGGUAUGGAAAACGUUGUGGAGAAUAUCGUCUCGUAAAAGGAGAUUUUUUGGCUGAUGAGAAUCGAGAAAGUAUCACUAGUGCAACAAUAGUUUUUGUAAAUAAUUUCGCAUUUGGUCCUACGGUAGAUCAUCAAUUGAAAGAACGUUUUGCUGACUUGCGUGACGGUGCAAGAAUAGUAUCUUCAAAAUCAUUCUGCCCGUUAAAUUUCCGUAUAACAGAUCGGAAUCUUAGUGACAUUGGUACAAUUAUGCAUGUAUCCGAAAUGACACCCUUGAAAGGUUCAGUGUCUUGGACUGGCAAGCCAGUUUCCUACUACCUCCACGUAAUCGAUCGAACAAAAUUAGAACGUUAUUUUCUACGUUUAAAGAACAAUAGAUUAGGUGGACCAGAUGUUGAAAACUCUGAUUCUGUGAUAAGUAACACUGCCAGCAAUAGUAGUAAAAUAUCUAAUAGAAGUGAACGAGGAGAUAGAGCCAAACGAGAUUUAACACGGCAGCUAGAUAGUCCAAAUAAUUCUGAGCUUCAAGCAACCAAUAGUGAUUCAGAUUUAGAUGACAAUAUGAAAUCCCGACGAAAAACUUCUAAAAUGCGUAGAAAAUUAAAUAGAAAAGUUGGUAACGGCAUUACCCGAACGUCUGCUAGAGGAAGACAACGAGGUAGAGGAGGAGUUAAGAAAGCCAAACCUAAGAAAGCUAUCAAUAUUUCUGGGUUGGAUCUUCUACAUAGCCAAACACUUUUAAGUACAUCUCCACAAGCAAUUGGAAAGAAACCACCUCCUGCUCCUGGAUGUGUUGAUCAGCAUCUUUCUUCACUAUCUCUGUCUCUUCAAGCACAUUCUACAUCUGUUCAUGAAGAGCUCAGUAUACCUCCAGCACCUGCCGCAACACCAUACGCUCUGCAGAUUCUCCUUGACUUAUACAGGGACCAAUUUAUGCUUAUGCUGGAAGCUAUAAAGACACCUGCUUACAAGGUGUCAGUUAAUACAGAUUUAGCAAAGGAACGAGAAAGGAAUUCUAAACUACAGUCGCGUGCAGCGCAAUUAGAAAAACAAAUAAAAGUAUUAAUUGAUGAUAGCGUAGCUUUGCUGAAAGCAAGAAUGACUGAAUUGGGAAUAAAUGCAUCGUCACCAUGUGAUUUACUCGCAAAAGCAAAAGAAAUCGUUCUUAGACAUAAACAGCUCCAAGCCAAGGCAAGUAAAUUACAGGCUCAAGUAUCAUCGAUGGAAACAGAACAAUCACGUUUAGCAGCGCUCAGGCAUCAAGAGCUUCAAGAAAAGUUCAAUGCUCAUGGUAGCACAAAUAACAUUUCGAAUCCUCCUCAAGCGCUAACGCAAGAGUAUAUACUCAAAGAAAUAUCUGCAACCUUGUCGCAAAGGAAAAAAUUACAUUCUCAGGUGUCCAAGUUAGAACAUGAAUUGAACUUAUUAGAACGCGCAACAAGUGAAAAACAAGCUGCAGCACUUGCUCAACAGCAACAACAACGAGAAGCAACUGUAAAAAAUCAUACACAUCACCACCCACAGCAGAAUGGAAAAAGUCCAAGGAAGAAUCGUGAAGGUCGUUCAAGGUCACAAGAGUGGCCAGAUGUGCCAGAUAUAGGAAAAAUACAAGAGAAUAAUCCUGAGAUUUUAGCGCAAAAAAUUUUAGAAACUGGACGUCAAAUUGAAGCAGGUCGAAUACCAAAUAGAAUUGGUUCAGUUGGAAGUACAUCAUCAUCAAAUUCGAGAGUGAGAUUACCACAAGCAAACUUUAGUUUUUCAUCUUCUGGUGUGACUCAAUCUCAAGGGAAUUCAAGAGAAUCAGUAAAUCGCAUGCAAGAACCUCCUAGAGUGGCUGAUUUUGAAGAUAGACUAAAAAGUAUUAUUACUAGUGUUUUGAAUGAAGAUCAGCAAAAUAGAAAUAAACAGCAACCACAUAAUUUACAAUUGCACACGCAACAGCCUUUACAACCUAGCGAGCUUGAUCGGAAACGAACUAAUUUAUCACAAACAGUUGGAACACCAGACUAUACUCAAGUAUCUCCAGCUAAAUUGGCUCUUCGACGACAUCUUUCUCAGGAACGUCUUACCUCUCAUCUAUCGACAUCCGAUCGAUCACACUCGGAUUCACGACAAUUAAAUCAUGAUAAUCGUAUCAGCUCUGGUGGAGCGGGAAUUUUGGGAACAAGAACUAUUGGAGAUCUUGUGAGUGGAGAAAUAGAAAGGACUCUCGAAAUAUCUAAUCAGUCAAUUAUUAAUGCGGCUGUUGACAUGAGCGCAAUUAUUAGACCUGAAGCCGUUUAUUCUCCUAUCAGUAGACCCGCUAGUGCAGAAGGUGAAACAGGUUUAGCAACUUUGGCUCAUGUUGCAAGCUAUGCACCAACGUCUUCAGCUUCAUCGACUUCUACAACUUCAUCUCGAUCUUCUGUUCUUUUUACUCCAUCAACUCAACCACAAAGGUAUACACCAGUACAAUUGCCUCGAGCAGAUAUAAAGCCUUAUCAUGAAUCAUAUUUUACGGACAAUUCUUCUCAGCCAAUAAAACAAACACAGCUCGCUGUAUCAUCACAUUCUUCGCAGUCGUCAACCAAUGGUGAUGUGCCGGUUGAAGGUUUAGCAGCAUCCUUGCAUGCAAGGAUAUUAAAUAAUCAUAGUGAUAAAAAUGACACUAUUAAUGGUCGAAGAUACCAACCGUACCCUCGGUAUACAAAUAGUAACAAUGGUCGUAGCAGUAGUGACAGAGUAACAUCACCACUUCAAUUGUCAUCAGCAUCGUCUUUAGUUAAAACUGAAGCAAACGUUUCUUCAGUAAGCACAAGUGGAGCACCUCUAAGUCCUCUUGUUGAACCGCAUUCCAAUACUUCGACGCCGUUAGUUGAUGAACCGCACAUGACGUCGCAAAGACAACGAAGUGGAAUUAUAGAUGAAGAGAUUGAGGCGAUCAAAGGGAGAAAUAAGAGAAUAUGGCUGCCUUUGGGUUGGUUCGCGGUUCUUGAUGGUGAAGCAGACUGGCAGGAUCGCAUCAGCUCAGGUUUCGAUAGACUAGUUGCCUUUGCAUCCACUGAACUUGACAAACGUCGACGGUCAACAGAAGGGGUCAAUACGAGUCCGGAUAGUGGAUUAGGAUCAGAUAGUACUGUAAUUGGUCCAUCACCCGUCGCUCCCUCACCCGACGAAGCUCUUGGUCCGCCUCGUACUCCAUCUCCUACGAGUCCUCGACCUCCUCAUGCAUCUAGCGGAAGUAGCAGUUCAUCCGUGCCACUUAAGUAUCAACGACAGCCUGAUCCUGAGCGACAUCAUUUUAAGAAAAAGUUCUUCCAUCGAGAUUGGAAUAAUUCUGGAAGUACGAGCAAAUUUAAACCAAAAGGCAAAGAUUGGGACUGGAACAAUUCAGGUCAUUGGCCUUCUAGUGAACAAUCGUAAUCUUGUUGUAAUCCUGCCUUGUGAAGAUUAUUACCUAUUAAUAUGGUUCUUUUUUUUUGCCAAAUUCUCUUUAACAAUAGUUUUCUCUCCUAUUUUUUGGUCUCUUAAAUAGUCUGAAUGAGAGUGAAUGUGACAUUUGAGUUUUAAUUAUGGAAAAAUUUUUAAAAAAUCAAGGUAUUGCUACGAGUUAUGCCAACAAAAUUUUAGGCAAAAUUACUUUACUUAAAGUAUCAAGUAUCAUCAUAACUUAAAAAGUAAAAAAAUUAUUAAGGUCCAUUAGAUAAAUUAAUAGAAAAUCACGAUAAUUUGUCAUAACAAUUUUUUAUAUAGUGACAAUUAGUUGAUAAUGUAUUUGUCAAUGUUGACAUGUU